GGUUUAUGAGUGAAUGCGGUUGGGGGACGGCGAGGCCAGCGGCCCAGGCUGAGGCCGGUGGGAGCGGAGCGGCUUUGUGGGCCGCCCUGGAAGACAGGGCGACCCUCCCUCGGGGUCAUUCAUCCACACCUUCCCUACCUUCCCUCCACGAGCGUUGACCGAGCUCCUGGCGCUGUUCUCGGUGCGAGGCCCGGGGACUGAGACGCCCCCCACCUCCUGCCCGUCACAGAGCUCAGUUUGGCGCGUUACCCCAGAAGGGAGGCUACGGGAAGGUUAAGGUCAACGGAGAAGAGACGUAGAACAGGCUGCUUCUGUCUCUGUUAUUUCUAGCAUGAGUUGUGCCUAAAAUGUGUUUUUAAAUGGGGAAAGUUGCUCUGAAGAUGUGAGCUGAAACGCCCUCCUCUCUGCUCGACACUUUACUAAUUGUUCUCUCCUCUCUCUGGCUGUUGGACGCGCACCUUUCCGGAGGAUGGGGGAGGUGACCGAGGUCCUGGCCUGUUACCUGAACUCGUGUGAACAGAGAACCUCAACCUUUGCUUUCUAGCACUCGGCCAUACCCAGCAAAGCGUUCAAACUGUGGUUCUUGAUUUUUAGAGUGCUUAAGAAUAAACGGGGGAUUGCAACCAUUGUCACAAAACAAUGUGUUUAUAAAUUUUUGAAGGAGAAAUUAACUUGACCUGUAAAUUUUUACCUAAAGCCCAGUGAAAAAUUUUUUAAACCCUGUGGGGCAGUUUCUCAUGGGGUCACUAUGAAAAAAGAAUAAAAAAAUAAACGAUGGUGUUUGUUUUUACGCAGUGCUCUGGGAGGAGAGGGGCUCUGCUCUCAAGAUCGCUAGGACUGGGGCGAGGGCCCAGAAGUCUGCAUGUGUGGCCUGCAAGUGCAUCUGCGCUGUCCAACACAGUAGCCACUGGCCACUUGUAGCUCUUGAGCACUUGAGAUUAACUAGUCCGAAUUUAAACUAUGAAAGAAUGUAAAACAUUUUUCUCAAUAUUUUUUUCUAUUAAUGUUGAAAGGUAAUACAGGCAGUCCCCAGAUUACAAAUGAGUUCUGUUCCUAAGUCUGUCUUUAAGCCCAAUUUGUACAUAAGUCUUAACACUUAGAUAUGGUUCAUAUCUAACAUCAAAUGUUGGUCUUUGUAUAUAUACUGUACUUUUUUAUGCAUAAACAAUGUGAAAGAAAUACUUCCAGAUACACUAAAAUAUCCUUAACGUAAUAUAAUAAUAAUGAUGUUUUGAUGCACAUCGCAAAGUAAUGCCCAUUUGUUAUUAUGAACCAUUGUAUGUACCUCAAAUUUUUAAUGUACAGUAAUAGGCUUUACGAGGUUUGGUUCGUAACGUGAUAUGUAAGUUGGACGUUCAUAACCCAGCAACUGCCUGUAUAGUUUUUUAAAUAAGAUACAUUGCUUGAAGUUGAUUUACUUGUUAAUUUUUACUUUUUGAAACGUGUCCACUAGGAAAAUUUGCAUUAUGCUUGGGCUCACGUUCUAUCUCUAUUGGACAGCACUGCAGUGUGGUCCUGAUGUGGGCUUUCCAGGGACCUCUGUUGAGCGUUCAGAAGUUGUGUGUGACUUUGGAGAUGAGCGUAUCUAGGAAGAGAGCCUCCAAGUGUGGAGAAACAGCCUUUUCUUGAAAUAAUAACUAAUCUUUAUUGAGGCGCCCUGGUGGUGCAAUGGUUAAGCACUUGGCUGCUAACCGAAAGGUUGGCAGUUUGAACCCACCAGCCGCUCCAAGAGAGAAAAGACCUGACAACCUGCUCCUGCAAAGAUUUUAGCCUAGGAAACUCUGGGGGGCAGUUUUACUCUGUCCUGUAGGGUCCCUGAGUCAGAGUCGACUCAGCUGCACGCCACAACAACAAUUACUGAGACUGGACAAUGUGCCAGGUCUCUGUUGCAGAUUAAUUCUGUUAAUGCCCUUUAUAAUCCUUUGAGAUGAGAACUGUAAUUGUCACUGUAUUGCCAAUAAGAUACUGAGGUUCAGAAAGGCUAAGUGACUUAUCCAAGGUCAUGCAGCUAAGCCUCAAAUCAAACCCAGGCAGGUCGAGUCCAGACUCUGAAUUAUACUCACUGAUUGUCCAGCCGCACUAACCUGCCUGCUGGAUGUCUCUAGUACCUUAUUGUUCUAAGGCAAAAUAUUUUUUAAGGCUUCCACAGAAGGAGCUCUCUUCUACGCUAAUUUGACUCCACAGCCAGGGUCAGAUCACUUGUUCUUGCAGCAUCCCUGCUAGGGGCACUCCUGCACGUGUGGACACAGGAUCCGGGUGGUGUGCUGUGUCCAGACUUACGGGCGAUUGAGAAAGGUGAGGCAGAAGUUGGGACUGGUAUCCUGAGAUCUUUGCUUCCACCUCCAGCAAAUUGUACCAAACCUCACUGGAACUAUUAGAGGCUGCAAUCCCCAGGAAAUAAGGGCACAUAGCUAAUUACUACUUUGUUUUUGAGUAGUAUUUAUUAAAAUUUGUUGAGCAUAUACCAUAUGAGAUACAUGCAGUAUCUCAUCCAAUUCCAGUAUCUUUAAGUUUUUCCCCAAUGUUGUGAAAAUUUCAAACAUGCAGGAAUUAUAUAAUGAAUUGUACAGUGAAUACCCGCACAACCACCCCCUUAGAUUUUCUUGCAUUUUAAAGUAAAUUACGGAUUUUAGUACAUUUCUCUAACCUCACGUGCACGUGAUUACUUAAACGUCAGUAGUCGGAAUGACUUUUUCAAGUGCUCUUUUACUGCUUUUUUAAUGUCAUAAUGGAACAUUUUGUCUGUCUGUGUUUGGGUGAUGUUCUGAGGCUGCUACCAGUCACUUGUGAAAUGGUUUUUGCUUCUAGUCAUACCAUGUCCAAUGAAUCCUAAAAAGAAACUACAGCAGUAAGACAAUAAGUCUAACCCUAUAAGGAGAGCCACACUUGUAGGUUUUUCUCUGUUCUGCAUGCAAAUGUGCUGUAGUAUUUUUAAGGAACUGUAGAGGGUUCAUCGUUGAACUUACGAGUGAAAAGCUGGUAUUGUACAACCUAUAAAGUGACAGUGACAGGUCCCACCUCCGCCCCCAUCUCCUUAAAAAACACCAGCUGAGGUUACAGUUCUCCUUGAGCCUUCUGUGGGGGCGGAGACUUGUCAUGCAGAGAUGGUGACUGUCCCGGUGGGUCCCUCACUGUGUGGAUGCUGUUGCUCACUGUGUUUCCUUGCCGCCUUCUCGUGUGCUCAGCUUUUUACUGCAAAGUAGAUUUGUUGCCUUGUCAAUCCAUUCACUCUCGAUCCUUUUAUCUUGUUAUUAGGCUGCUCUUUGGCGUAAAUUGCAAUCGAUUAGGGAUCGUUUCUCAGAAUCGAGUUAGAGGUGAGAGUUCAGAUAAGUGAGGCCGCCAUUGCUGCUUUGAACACCUCAGAAGGGGAGAAUGGAUUUAUCAGGAGUGAAAAAGAAGAGCUUGCUAGGAGUCAAAGAAAAUAAUAAAAAGUCCAGCACUAGGGCUCCUUCUCCUACCAAGCGCAAAGACCGCUCUGACGAGAAGUCCAAGGACCGCUCUAAAGAUAAAGGGGCCACCAAGGAGUCGAGUGAGAAGGACCGUGGCAGGGACAAAACUCGAAAGAGGCGCAGUGCGUCCAGUGGUAGCAGCAGUACCAGGUCUCGCUCCAGUUCCACAUCCAGCUCGGGCUCCAGCACCAGCACAGGUUCCAGCAGUGGCUCCAGCUCAUCCUCGGCGUCCAGCCGCUCGGGCAGCUCCAGCACGUCCCGCAGCUCCAGCUCCAGCAGCUCGUCGGGCUCCCCAAGCCCUUCCCGGCGCAGGCACGACAACAGGCGGCGAUCCCGCUCCAAAUCCAAACCACCCAAAAGAGAUGAAAAGGAACGGAAGAGGCGGAGUCCUUCCCCUAAGCCCACCAAAGUGCACAUUGGGAGACUCACCAGGAAUGUGACCAAGGACCACAUCAUGGAGAUCUUCUCCACCUACGGGAAGAUUAAAAUGAUCGACAUGCCUGUGGAGAGGAUGCACCCCCACCUGUCCAAAGGCUAUGCCUAUGUGGAGUUUGAGAACCCGGACGAGGCCGAGAAGGCGCUGAAACACAUGGACGGAGGACAAAUCGAUGGCCAGGAGAUCACGGCCACAGCUGUGCUGGCGCCCUGGCCUAGGCCGCCCCCCCGGCGAUUCAGCCCCCCUAGGAGGAUGCUGCCGCCACCCCCCCUGUGGCGCCGGUCACCCCCCCGAAUGAGGAGACGGUCCCGCUCUCCACGACGCAGGUCCCCCGUGCGCCGGCGGUCCCGGUCCCCCGGCCGCCGCCGCCACCGGAGCCGCUCCAGCUCCAACUCCUCCCGAUAAAGCAGGGCUGCAGAAGCUCCUCACCCCCUGUAACUUAGUUCCCCCCAGCCCAGUGCUGCCACACUUCUAGCCGGAGGGGGACGGGCAGGAGGGGGGAUCCCUUGCUUCAGGGGGCAGGCUUCUCAGGCAACAGUUAGGACAUUUCCUCUGAGUCUGGCUGCAGACAUGUUGUUGGUUUGGGGCUGUGCCUGUAAAGAUGUCCUUCAGUUUUCCAGCCGGAAGGCCCAUCGGUUUCCAGUUCCCGAGAGAGAGUUGGUUCAGCAGCAAAGCCCGCAGGGACAUGCCAAGCUGCAGGGCGCAGUGCUGCCCAGUUGGGGACACAGUUUGUCCUCCACACAUGGCCUGGGACCAGUCUGAUGAUCUGCUUGCAGCCCUUCAAGAAAGACAAGGAGGAGCCGUGAAUCAGCCUGCCCGGGUCCCCCCACCUCUCGGUCACAGCAGCCCAGUGGAACCUGCUUCCUGUCCAUUGGUGUGGGCUCAGACCCCACACACCCGCGUCUCCCCUCUCUCUCUCUGAAACUGGUGAACAAGCUGAGAACCAGCUCUGCAGGCCGUCUGGAGCCAGCCCGCAUCUCUCCCCCACGGUGGUUUGGCAGGUUAACUCCGCAAAGUGUACAUUGCUUUUCUGGCAUCUGUUGUACAGUCAGUACUAUAAAAUUUGUUUUGAGUUUUGUAACUUUGUAGCAUUUUAGAGGAUGUUGUGUUUGUACUUUCUGUAGAACGAGAGGGUUGUAUUGAAUAAAUCUGGAAUUAGAAGGCAGAGCAGAUACUGCUGGUUUCACUCUCUCCGUCCUGUUCCUUUUGACCUUCGCCGGGAGGGAUACAAAAACAGUGUUUCUAGUGUCUGAAUCACUGAAGGUCAAAGUCACACCUCCAAAAAUUCAAGCAGUAGGAUGCGUGGUUAGGUGCACCUUGAGUGCUGCGUUGCUCCUUGUGGGCAGACACAUCUCAGAAGGAGAUGUUCUUGCUACCUUUAUAUUCCCAGAAGCUUAGAACCCUGCCUCACAGGAAGCACCGACGGCAUUAGGAAGGCAGCUGUGGAAAACGUUUCCACCUCAAAACUUGGCCUGUGCUAGUGUCCAGGAACAGGCAUCUGGCCCAUACCACACUGCACAGAGCCCCCCAGCCGGGCUUCCUAACAGUGGUCUCGGAGUCACAACAACCUGGCUGGUGUCUGGGGCCACAUCCCCCUGCAGGUGGUGGGAUUGCUCGAGAAGGCUCAGUAGAUCACCUUCUCUGAUUAGGUGUUUGUCACCAGUCCCCAAAGGCCCUUUCUCGACACUUUAUAAGCUCACAUCCC